AAAGGUCAUAGUAGAGUCUCGAUUAAAGUAUUAAACAGCCUACCUUGAAUUUUGUUUGGAAAAACGACGUUAUUUUAAUUUUAGGACAAGGCGACAUGGGGGCAGGUACAGGUUUAGAGCUUGGUAGCCUGGCUGGUUGGCUAGAUGGUGACAGUAGAAUAAGUAAUCUCCUCCGACUGUCCGCGGUUCUAUCGCGCACGUGCUUUUCUUGCAUACACAAGACCCCAGCUGAGUGAAGGCACCUUAGCUACCGUCACAUUCUCCUGGUUGAAAUCACAAGAUUAUCCUGACCUCUCAUAUUCCCUUACAAUGGCCCGAGCACAUGCACCAUCCAUCCAUGGCCGUCAAAACAUUGUUCUUCUACAGUUUUAUUUCAUCACAGUUGAGCCAAAUUUAACACCCAAAACUAACUCAUCAAACUUUUUCGCUUUUAUUAAAGUAAGCUCAUCUCUCUACACCGAAAGAGAAUCUUCAACAAAAAUAAAUUUUUUUGCUGCCCAAAAAGCAAGAAAAAAGUAAACAAUGUCUCCUCCUCCUUGUGUUCUCUGUUUCUUAUCUUUUCUGCUCUGCAUUUUUCCCAUCAUCUCCCCUGCUUUGCAUUUACCACUCACACAAUUCCAUACCAACUCGUCUCGAGAUACAUACCUGACUCUCAAAUACCUUGUCUCUUCCUCCUUAGCAAGAGCGCAUCACCUCAAACACCCCCAAACCACCACCAAGGCAGGUGCUUCCCCCGCUACCACCCCACUCUUUUCCCAUAGCUAUGGAGGCUACUCCAUUUCUCUCAGCUUUGGCACUCCUCCUCAAGCCCUCCCCUUCGUCAUGGACACCGGCAGUGACAUCGUUUGGUUCCCUUGUACUCAUCGCUAUGUCUGCAAAAACUGCUCCUCUUCUCCCUCCAAAAACAACAUCCCUACUUUUAUCCCUAAACAAUCUUCAUCUUCUCAACUUGUUAGCUGCCAAAACCCGAAAUGUUCCUGGAUCCACCACACGAACGCAACUCAAUGCGAUGGAUGUGGAAAAAACUCAACUCCCAAAAACUGCACUCAAAACUGUCCCCCUUACUUCAUCCUCUAUGGCUCAGGAACCACGGCAGGCGUUGCAUUAUCAGAAACCCUGAAUCUUGGAGAUAGAACUGUACCCGACUUUUUAGUUGGAUGCUCUAUUUUCUCUUCUCGCCAACCCGCUGGCGUUGCUGGUUUCGGCCGUGGCCUUCCUUCUUUACCUACUCAACUUAAGCUACGUAAGUUCUCUUACUGUCUCAUCUCUCGCCGUUUCGAUGACUCUACUAGUAGCAGCACUUUGAUACUUGAUGGUAACUCGGAUUUUGAUGAGAAAACGAAAGGUUUAACCUACACACCGUUUCUAAAAAACCCAAUUGUCGAAGGUAAAGAAUCGUUCCAAGUUUACUACUACAUUGGUUUAAGGAAGAUAACAGUAGGUGGCCGCCACGUUAAGGUUCCCUACAAAUAUCUUUCGCCGGGAAAUGAUGGUGAUGGCGGCACUAUAGUGGAUUCCGGCUCGACUUUCACGUUCAUGGCACCUGAGAUAUUCGAGCCUGUAGCUGAAGAAUUUAUAAAACAAGUUAAGAAUUACAGUAGAUCUCGUGAUGUUGAGGUUUUAACGGGAUUGAGGCCUUGUUUUGAUGUGAAGGGUGGGGAGAAACCGGUGGAGUUUCCUGAGUUGAGGUUGCAUCUUAAAGGAGGUGCUGAGAUGGCACUGCCGCUAGAGAAUUCUUUUGCGGUGGUUGGAGAUGGGGUGGCGUGUUUGACGGUGGUGACGGAUGGUGGUGUCGGUGGAGGAGAGGGUGAAGUGGGGCAUAGUGGACCAGCUGUGGUAUUGGGGAGUUUUCAGAUGCAGAAUUAUUAUGUGGAGUAUGAUUUGAGGAAUGACAGGUUAGGAUUAAAGCAACAGUUAUGUAUAUAGUAAAAAAUCUAUGUUUCAUAUUGAUCUUCAAAUUUUUUUUUUUGUUCAAUUUUUGGAAGUGGUGGUGGUAGGGGACUUAUUUCAAUUCGGUAAAGAAGUGCUUGUUUCUUGAGAAAAUUAGGGAAGGAAAAGAGGAGGAAAUUAGAGUUGGUGUAUUUUUGUUUUGCCAUUUAUUUCGUAACAUGAUUAUGUUUCCUUAGCUAAUUAUUGCAAGUUGUUGGUUUCAAAUAAUAGCAAUUUGAUAUUGUAAUG